UCCAUGCAAAUGAGCAGGGAGCUAUGGCGGCCGCCAUGGAGGAGGAGCCCCAGGAGUCCCCGGAGCCGGCGGCGCGGGAGCCGCGGGUGCGGGACACCCCCGAGGACAUUUGUCUGGAGGCCACGGCCAACGCCAUCGCGCUGCACCCGGCGCGGCCGCUGCUGGCCGCGGGGGACGUGGACGGCGAUGUGUACAUGUACUCGUACUCCUGCACCGAGGGGGAGAACCGGCAGCUCUGGUCCUCGGGACAUCACCUCAAGUCGUGCCGGGAUGUGGCAUUCUCCCAGGACGGGCAGAAGCUUUUCACUGUGUCCAAGGAUAAGUCCAUCCACAUUCUGACAGCGGAGGAGGGACGGCUGGAAACGCGCUUCCCCAAAGCUCACGAAGCAGCUCUCAACUGUGUGCUGCCCAUCGACAACCACAUCUUUGCCACGGGUGACGACGGGGGGGCAGUGAAGGUGUGGGACCUGCGCAGGGGCAGCGCCAUCCUGGAGGCACGGCAGCAGGAGGAGUACAUCAGUGCCAUGGCUGUGGAUGGCAACGGGAAGAUCCUACUGACAGCCAGUGGUGAUGGCACCCUGGGUGUCUACAACGUGAAGAGACGGCGCUUUGAGCUGCUCUCAGAGCCACAGAAUGGCGACCUGACCUCUGUGGUGCUGAUGAAGAGGGGGAGGAAGGUGGCGUGUGGCUCCAGCGAAGGCACCAUCUACCUUUUCAACUGGGACGGCUUUGGGGCUGCCAGCGACCGCUUUGCGCUCAGGGCAGAGACCAUUGACUGCAUGGUGCCCAUCACGGACAGCAUCGUGUGCGUGGGGUCCCUGGACGGAGUCAUCAGGGCGGUGAACGUGCUGCCGAACCGCGUGCUGGGUUGCGUGGGGCAGCACCUGGGCGAGCCCAUCGAGCAGCUGGCCGUGGCUGCGGACGGAAAGCUCCUGGCCAGCAGCGGCCACGACCAGAAGGUGAAGUUCUGGGACGUGUCGGCGCUCGGCUCCAUGGUGGUCGAUGAUUACCGCCGGAAGAAAAAGAAGGGCGGGCCGCUGCGCGCCCUCAGCAGCAAGGCGCUGGGCAGCGGGGAGGAUUUCUUCGCCGACCUGCGGGACGAGGUCGAGCCGGAGGCGGCGGCGGCGGAUGGCGGUGACAGCGGCGACAGCGACAGCGAGUGAGCGGCCGCGCGGGGCCGCGGGCGCCGCCCCUUCAGCGCUGCGCCCCGCCCAGCGCGGGGGCGGGGCUCUGCGCGUCCUUUUCGCGGGGCGUGGCCAACCAGAGCCGCAGCCCCUGAGAGUGCCCGCCCACGGGGCGUGCCCUCACCGUAAUGAUGGCGCCGCCGGUGGACAGGACGCUGGCGCUCUGAUUGGCUCCUAGGGCUGCCACUCAAGCUGGGCUCUAGGCGCGAUCUUAAAGGGGCAGCGCGUGUCGGAACGGGCGGGGGUCUCGCAGGGGACAGCGGUUAUUGGGGGGAGGGGGUCGCAGGCCCCGCGGGAGGAACCGGGGAUGGCCCCGGGAUGGGGGGACAGGCUGGGGAUGGGGAGGCUGAGGGUCCUGCCGGAGGGGCCUGGAGCGGGGGAGGCCUUUAGGGGUGGGGGCAAAUGGCUGGGGCGAGAGGGACUGGGAACGGUCCCUGACUGGGCUCCGUGAGGGACAGGGAGGGGCUCUGAGAUGGGAACAUGGCUGGGGGGCUCUGUGGAUGAGAGGGCUGUUCUGAGCUAUGGGGAGACAUGGCUGGGGGGCUCUGGUCACUGACUGGGGUGGGGGGGUUACCGCUGAGGGUCCCUGGUGUGGACAGUGCAGGGGUGAGGGGAUAUGGCUGAGGGCUCCUGGUGGAGGGGUUAUGAGGAAGGGAUCGUGACUGAACAUCCCUGGUGGAUGUGAGGGGUGCUCUGAGCUGGGGGUCUCUGGUGGGGGAUUCAGUGCUGGGAGGGAGUAAUGCUGGGGUUUGCUGGUGAAUUUGGGGGUCUUUUGGGUUGUUUUGGGAUGGGGAAGAGGCGGAGCAUUUCUCAGGAGGGGUGAGGCGGUGACAUGGGGUCCCAGGGUGCCUGGCCAGGGCAGACAGGUUCAUCACUUUCCUGCCCUGCUGUCCCAGCAGGUCAAUUACCCUUUGAUAAUUAAUUAAUUAAGACUUUAGCUCUGUUAGAAAUAAACUCAGUGCCUUUCA